AUGUCGAACGUUUUCCGCGGAACAACACCGCCAACACCGCAGUGGACCGCUGUCAACCAGACGGCCGAGGAAACCGAAGCGAUGGACGUGCCGAUGCUAGAUGCCGAUGAUGCAAACAACAGCAUCACCGACGAGACCGCCAACGACACUCUCAACGAGAGCGCGCUGGCCAGAAGGCACGCUUUCCUGGAAAUGUAUAUCCAGGACGCGACGGAGGAGGAUGACGUGCUCGGCCUGCGUCGCCUCUUCACAACCCGAGCAGCCCCAACAGCGGCCACCCAAGAGGCAGACGAGGCCAUUGACAUGGGCUCCGACGAUGACGGCGAAGAGGAAGAUCCCGCCCCCGCCCCAACCGCCAAUGCUGUCCUCUUUCCGACUGUUGCAGCCUACGGCGGAGGCAUCACCGCGAGCGACAACCAGAUCUUCAGCGACGAGAGGCGUCUGAAGGGCGCGGGAAUCCUUCAGGUGGCCGCCAAAUACACCGUCAAGAGGAUGACGGAGCUCGUGAACGCUCGAAACCACCUCGGCAACCUGACGGAGAACGCGGUCAGCUCGCGUCUCUACAGCGCCAUCACGAGUGAGGCGAAGCGUCAGGGUCGUCCUCGCGCCGAGCUGAAGAAGGAGUUCGACGAGCUCAGGAUCGCGAAUGGCGUGUAUAAGCAGCGCUUCUCUGGCCGGAACAUGAAGGCAAAGGGAAAGAAGGAGAGCGCUGGGGAUCAGCAGGAGGAAGGCGAGGAGGAAGAUGCCGACGAGGAGUAG